CGGUAUUUUACCCCACACCAUUUUCUCUGAUGUUGCUUACUGAACCUUCAAUUACUUUACCUUUUGCGUGCUUCAACUACAAUAGACUUCUUAUACCUCAAUUGAGCCUUUUGGAAUAUUCACCGCCGUUUCGGGUAGACUUCAAGUAAAUCUGAAUCGAUCCCUCUCAAAGGUCGCGUUGCCACAUUCAACAUGGACCCUUCACAAGGCGCGCAGUCACUACCCCCGGAAGCGAUUGCUCUCGCUGGACGUAUGUAUGAUAGCGCGCGGAAAGGGGAUAUCGCCAUCUUCCAGCAGGCCUUGCCGGCUGGUUUGCCUGCCAACAUGACGAACGAGAAGGGCGAUACACUGCUCAUGCUGGCUGCCUAUCACGGGCACGCGGAAUUGGUGAAGCUGCUCGUCCAGCACGGAGCUGAUCCCAAUCGAUUGAACGAUAGGGGCCAGAGUCCUCUGGCUGGUGCGGUCUUUAAGCAAGAAGAUGGAGUCAUUGAGGUUCUCCUCGAAGGCGGCGCGGACCCUGACUAUGGUAAUCCGAGCGCGCUGCAGUGUGUCGCCAUGUUCAAGCAGGAGGAGAAAUGGCAAGACAAAUUCGAGUCAGCUUCUGGGAAAGGCAAAGCGGUUGCGCAGGAGUAGGAACUACUAGCAUGUUUCAAUGAUGAUACCACGCUCCGAUUUCGCCACCAAAACAGAUAAAUCUCGAUGAUAGUCAUUUGUAUUGUCAAGUAUGAAGUGAGACUGACCCCAUCUCCUCAGAUUUGACAACGCAACGACAUCGCUGCCUUUAAUGCUUCAAGCAUACAUGGGUGCUUCAUUUACCUAGUACAGCAGAGCUGAAGCAUUUCCUUGGACCUAGCUCGUUCAAAGGGUGGCUAACCUGUCACCCAUUUCUACUGACUCUAAGAGUAACAUAAGAAAUCAGCCAUCCGCAGGGCUAGCCUCGGCUUCUAGAGAGGGACAAUUACAAAUCCCAGUGCCUGUAUCAAUAUCCAGUAUUGUGUGCAGGUUUUCUAUCACAAGUGGUGCCAAGUAGAGUUUGUAGCCUAUCGAUUU